UCCGCACGGGAGCCGGGCGCUGGCGGAGCGGCGCGCCGGCCAAUCAGCGGCGGCGGCUCGCGGCCCCCGAACGUUGGGACACCCCGGCCCCGCCCCGCGCUGUUGUUUGUGGUGUCGGCGGGGCCGCGGGCGCCGGACCACAACAUUCGUCCGGCGGCCGAGGCGGCGCGGGCGGCGAGCGCGACCCCGGCGGCCGGGCCUCCCCGCGGCCGCCCGGCCGGGCCUCGCGGAGCGCCAUGUCGGUGAACAUGGAAGAGCUGCGGCACCAGGUCAUGAUCAACCAGUUCGUGCUGGCUGCGGGCUGCGCGGCCGACCAGGCGAAGCAGCUGCUGCAGGCGGCCCACUGGCAGUUCGAGACCGCGCUGAGCACGUUUUUCCAAGAAACCAACAUUCCCAACAGUCACCACCACCACCAGAUGAUGUGCACGCCCAGCAACACGCCUGCCACGCCGCCCAACUUCCCUGACGCACUGGCCAUGUUCUCCAAGCUCCGCGCCUCCGACGGCCUGCAGAGUGGCAACAGCCCCAUGACGGCCGUGGCCUGCUCCCCGCCUGCAAACUUCAGCCCCUUCUGGGCCUCCUCCCCGCCCAGCCACCAGGCGCCCUGGAUCCCGCCUUCCUCCCCUACCACCUUCCACCACCUGCACUGCCCGCAGCCCACGUGGCCCCCUGGAGCCCAGCAGGGGGCUCCCCAGCAGAAAGCCAUGGCGGCCAUGGACGGCCAGAGAUGAGACUGGAAGCCCGGCGCCGGGCUGGAGCUGGGGGCGGCCCACGGUUGUGGGGACACAGGAGGGCCGGGGCGGGGGGCGCUGGGAGGGCGGGGUUUCCUGAAGAUCGCACUGGAAGAUUUUAUAAAAGGAUUUUUGUGGGGGGGGGGGACAGUAAACUUCCUGGGCCACUUGGGUCCUCCAGGAGUUUGUCUUCAGGCAAGCUUUUUUCUUUUUAAUCUAGAACUCUAAUAUAUAUGGAUAUAUAAUGUAACUAAUGUUUGUGAGUGGGUGCGCGCUCAGGUGGGGGGCUGCGGGGACCUCGGGGAGCCGCCACAGCUGCAGGGGGGCCUCUGACUGUGCCCAGGAGUCCUCCCCGCCUCCUCCCCACCCUGGCUGCUGGCCAGGGCCCCCUCACGGCUCGGGAGCUGUUGUCACCCGUCUCCCGCUGGGCGUGCAGGUUUCAGGACUGCAGAGCUGGCUUGGUCAGAAGGUGCACUCCGUGUGACUGCCCACUCCUCACUGUCCCCGGGCCACCUGCAUGUCUAGGGAUAGGCCCAGCACCAAGCUCGCCUUUGAAUCUCAUCUCAGCAGGGUGCAAUUUUAAUUUAAAAACUUAAAAAAGAGACUUUUGUAACUUC